AUGGAAUCUCUUCCUGAACUCCAAACUGCAAUCAUUGGUCUCGAGGAUGGGACCUUGGUCAUAUCAAAAAAUGUGCGGCUUCCUAGGCUGGAAGACGAUAUGAUUAUGGUAAAGGCAAAAUUCGUCGGACUGAACCCAGUGGAUACCAAAAUGGUCGGUCGACUUGUUGUCCCGGGAGCCAUAGUUGGGACAGACUUUGCAGGGCAUGUUGUGGCAAUCGGGAGUAACGCUCAAUGUCCAGGGGUGAAAGUUGGCGAUCGUGUAGCUGGAGUCGUGCAGUCAUCCAAUCCACUUCAACCUGAUGUUGGGGGUUUUACGGAGUAUAUAGGAGCAACCGGUUUUGUGACUAUGAAAAUUCCAGACGCAAUGUCGUUCGAAGAAGGUGCGGCAAUUGGGAGUGGAAUUGGAACCAUGGGGAUGGCCUUAUUCCACUCUCUCAAUGUCCCUGGAUAUCCAACAGAGCCUGCACUUAAGCCCAAGUAUGUUCUUGUGUAUGGUGGUAGUUCGGCAACUGGAACCAUGGCUAUUCAGCUACUCAAACUAUGCGGACUGUUUCCCAUCGCAACAGCCUCCGAGAAGAACUUUGACCUCGUGUUGUCCUAUGGCGCCGAGAAAGUGUUCGACUACCACCUGCCAUCUUGCCCUGACGACAUCAAGUCAUACACCAAGAACUCGCUCAAAUUUGUACUAGACUGUAUUUCUGAACCAGAAACCAUGGAGUUCUGCUAUAAGUGUAUCGGCAGAGCAGGCGGCAAAUAUACUGCCUUGGAGCCCUUCCCUACAUGGCUGGAUAAUAAGAAGACUAUCCAAGCACAAUGGGUUUUUGGUCCAAUGAUGUUGGGCAAGAAGAUCGGAUGGCCAGCACCAUUUGAACGAGAGGCAGACGAAGAGCUGCGAAAGUUCUCCGUCAGGUGGUUCGCAACGGCUCGAAAGCUUUUGCAGGAAGGCAAGAUAAGAGCUCAUCCACUGAAGAGCAUGCCUGGAGGCUUUCAGGGCGUUCUCGAUGGGAUGGAUGUGCUGCGGAAGAAAGAACUAUCUGGAGUGAAGUUGGUGUAUCAAGUGUGCUAA